AUGGCACAACACACAACCUCUCUUACUCCUCCAAUCUUCAACGGUGAGCAAUAUCACAUGUGGGCUAUCAAAAUGAAAACCUUUCUGGGGAGAAAAGGUUUAUGGCAGUAUGUUGAAGAGAAUAAACAGCCACCAGUAUUGGGGCCAAACCCCACUCUGAAUCAGAUCAAACUUCAUGAAGAGGAAGCUACUAAGGUUCCUAGAGCUUUGUCACAUAUCCAUGCAGCUGUAAUUGAACUUGUGUUUACAAGAAUCAUGGCAUAUGAGACAACCAAGGAAGCAUGGGAUAAACUCAAGGAGGAGUUUGGUGGUAGUGAUACAACAAGAAACAUGCAUGUAUUGAACUUAAAGAGGGAGUUUGAAAUGCUGAAGAUGCAAGAGUCAGAAUCAGUAAAGGAGUAUGUAGAUAGGUUGAUGAAUGUAGUGAAUAAAAUCAGGUUGUUGGGAGAGGAAAUGACAGAUAAGAGGAUAGUGGAGAAAGUUCUAGUUAGUCUACCUGAGAGGUUUGAAUCCAAGAUUUCUUCACUUGAGGAUUCUAAGGAUUUGUCUCAAAUUACACUCACUUAA